GGACGACCUGCAUUCAAACAGCCCUCUCAGCUCGUCUCCUUCCCACAAUGCCUUGCGGCGGGCCGUCUUUGAAAAACCGGCGCGGCUAAUUCAAGAUGGCGGAGCACGAGCAGCUGCUGGACGAGAGCUCUUCAGCUAAGGCUCUUGUCAGUCUGAGAGAGGGAAGCCUGUCGAACACCUUAAACGAGAAAAACAUCCUGUCGAAAUCCCAGAACACCCGAGGAAGGAGCAGCUACACGACUAUGGAAACGCCAACGAGAAGCUCAAAAAGAAGUCGUUUUUCCUCUGAGGAGGAGGAGCGCUCUCUCAGCUCCAGAUCCCCCAGGAGGAGCCAGAGGGUCACCACUGUUCCUCAGAAACUUGCAACUGUCGCAACUCCAGAUAAAAAGACCUCACAGAAGAUCGGACUGAGAUUACGAAAUUUGCUCAAGCUUCCCAAAGCACACAAAUGGUGCAUCUACGAGUGGUUCUACUCCAACAUCGACAGACCUUUAUUCGAGGGAGAUAAUGACUUCUGUUUAUGCCUGAAGGAGUCUUUUCCUAAUCUAAAAACCAGGAAGUUGACCAGAGUGGAAUGGGGAACCAUCAGACGACUCAUGGGCAAACCGAGGAGGUGCUCUUCCGCGUUUUUUGCCGAGGAGCGAACGGCGCUGAAGCAGAAGAGACAGAAGAUGCGUCUGUUGCAGCAGAGAAAGGUCACAGACAUCUCGAGUUGCAAAGACCUCCCAGAGGAAAUCCCGCUGCCGCUAGUCAUUGGCACUAAAGUCACCGCUCGACUCCGAGGGGUCCAGGACGGCCUGUUCACCGGGCAGAUCGACGCCGUAGACACCAGCGCAGCAACGUAUCGGGUCACCUUCGACAGAAGCGGGCUCGGUACACACACAGUACCGGAUUACGAAGUGCUUAGCAACGAACCUCCCGAGACAAUGCCCAUAUCCGCGUUCGCUCAGAAGCAGCGUCCCUCACGCUUCCAGAACUUCAUGACUCCACCACGGGGGACGUAUGCCAGCUCCACCCAACCCAUCCUAAUGGACAGCGAUCCUCUGUUCAGCCAGUCACCCUGGAAGAAUAAACUGACAGGAAGUGACGGGGAGACCCUCGGGGGAUUCCCUGUCAAGUUUCUCGUACAAGUUACCCGAUUGUCCAAAAUUCUCAUGAUUAAAAAGGAGCACAUCAAGCAUUUAAAGGAGAUGAACACCGAGGCUGAAAAACAGAAGUCCUAUUCCAUGCCAAUCGGAAUGGACUUCCAGAGGAGGUACGCGACCACGGUACUGGAUCUGGAGCAGCUCAAUAAAGACCUGAACAAAGUUCUGCAUGAAGUUCAGCAAUUCUGUUAUGAACUGGCCCCGGAUCAGGGCAUGCAGCCUGCAGAUCAGCCCAGUGAGCUUCGGAGACGCUGCGAGGAGGAAGCCCAGGACACGGUGCGGCUCUCCAAUACACUGCCUGAUGGAGAACAGCGCGUCCAGAGCCCUGGACUCACGCAGCUCAUUUCCCGUCUCACUGCUCUCCUGCUGCAGAUUAGGUGCUUGGCUGAAGGCGGUGACCUCAAUUCGUUUGAAUUCAAAUCGCUGACCGACUCUCUUAAUGACAUCAAGAACUCAAUAGACAGCUCCAACCUGAGUUGUUUUCAAGACAACGUCGAGAUCCAUGUCGCACACAUCCAGAGCGGCCUGAGUCAGCUGGGGAACCUGCACGCGUUCUCCGCCAACAACACCAACAGAACAUGACCGUUCCACAACCCGGACCGUCUCCAACAACGGACCGAAAAGCGACCCGAAGCAGAACGAGCUUCGCCCCGAGGAGCCAUUUAUAAAUCCCGCAAUGUCUUAAACCGCCGGAGAGUCAAACGAGAGUCGAGCGAGCCGACGCUAGAACGCAAGAGCCGUCCGUAGCGCGUACGUUUUAUUUGUUUUUGCUCCGCCGUGAGAUCGGUGCAUCUCUAACGUUCAGGGUUAACGCCGUUCACGUUCUCGUCUUCUCAGUUCAUUCUGUCCUGUAGAUUCUCUCGCUCAGUUUCUUGGUUCUUAUUUAUUUCUUUGUCCUGCCUUUUAGCUUUUGCUUCCUUUGUGGAAAAAGAAAAAGGGAAGCACAGUUUCAAGUGUCUGACGGAAGAGAUUUUCAUUUUCGAAUAUGUAUAUUGUAGAUAAUUGUACAGUUUAUCGACACAUGGGCCGUGUGCCUAUGGAGGUUUUGUAAGUACUUUUAAAUAUUUUUGUAAAAAAAGAAAAUCUGACAGCCGUGUAAACGCUAGCGAUCGGAACGCUGCCCUUCACCUCCCGCGCAUUUUCAACUCCGCCAACACACCAUUGUUUCUUCCAUUGUUAUGGGUUUAGAAUUUUUCCAAGAAGAAAUCAUUUCUACCGGUUUUUUAUUUAACUGGUGUGCGUGUGUGUAUAUAAAUGUGUGCGUGUGUGUUCACACGUUUCUGUUUAUUUCAAAUCGCACGAUACAGACGAUUUUCCUGGUUUUUGUAGAAACUCAGAUACACGUUCCAUGUACACACACCGUAUUCUCUGUUUUAUUAUUUUUUCCAACAGUAACAUAGUGCAACUAUUUAUAAAAUAAAUAAUUGAUUCAAAAUCAA